UCGUUUAAGUAAGCCGCUACUGAGUAUGAGCAGAUCAAAGAUGUCUCGGACACGGACAGCCCUUUUCCCUGGCUUUUCUCUCAACCCUUCAAAACUCCGAGGCCAACUCUUUCACUUAACCCUUCGAAGCUCUCUGGUUCUUCUUCCCUAAGCUCCUUCUCACACUUUCACUGCCCCAUUUCUGCAACUACAAGUUUCCUGCCAUUUGUCAUUCCGCAGUUUCAGUUUCCAGAGUUAGCGCCAAUGAGUGAGCCCUCCGAAGAUGUCCAACACAUCGAGAAUCUCUAUGAGUUCAGCGAGCGUCUCAACAAAGCCGAGGACAAGUCCCAGCAUGUGAAAGAUUAUCAAGGGAUUAUAGAUGCGGCGAAAACGAGUACCAAAGCCAAGCAAUUGGCCGCUCAACUCAUUCCUAGGUUCUUCAAGUUUUUUCCCACCCUUUCUGGUCCUGCCAUCGACGCCCAUAUUGAUCUGAUUGAAGAAGAGGAGCUGGCGAUACGAGUUCAGGCAAUUCGAGGACUUCCUCUUUUCUGCAAGGAUACACCAGAAAAUAUAGGCAAAAUUGUUGACAUUCUUGUUCAAAUUCUUGCAUCGGAGGAAUUUGUGGAGCGCGAUGCUGUCCAUAGAGCUCUAAUGGCUCUCUUGAGGCAGGAUGUUAAAGCUUCAUUGUCAGCCUUGUUUAAGCAUAUUGGAAGUGUUGAUGAACCAACUACAGAUGAAGUUAUUCGUGAGAAGGUCCUAAGCUUUAUUAGAGAUAAGGUUUUUCCAGCUAAAACUGAACUCUUGAAGCCCCAAGAGGAAAUGGAGAGACACAUAACAGAUUUGAUAAAAAAGAGUUUAGAAGAUGUGACUGGAGCCGAGUUUAGAAUGUUUAUGGACUUCUUAAAAAGUUUGGGGAUAUUUGGAGAAAAAGCCCCACCAGAGAGAUUGAAGGAACUUAUUGGAAUCAUUGAAGGGCAAGCUGAUUUAGAUUCUCAGUUCAAUGUUUCAGAUGCAGAUCAUAUUGAUAGGUUGAUAUCAUGCCUUUUUAUGGCUGUUCCUUUUGUUGUGAGGGGUGCGUCAAGUUGCAAGUUCCUCAGCUAUUUGGACAAGCAUGUUAUUCCAGUUUUAGAGAAGCUGCCUGAGGAACGCAAGCUGGAUUUGCUUAAAGCGCUUGCAGAAUUUUCACCAUACACCACACCUCAAGAUUCACGUCAAUUUCUUCCAUCCAUUGUUCAACUAUUGAAGAAGUAUAUGCCUGGGAGAAAGACAGGAGAAGAGAUGAACUUUACUUAUGUUGAGUGCUUGUUAUACACGUUUCAUCAUUUGGCUCACAAGGUCCCCAAUGCCACAAAUAGCUUAUGUGGUUACAAGAUUGUUACCGGCCAGCCUUCAGAUAGAUUGGGGGAGGACUUCUCCGAUAAUUACAAGGAUUUUACAGAAAGGUUAACUAAUAUCGAGGAGUUGACUAGAGCUACCAUAAAGAAAUUAACUCAAGGGAUGGAUGAACACAACAAGGCAAUGGCAGCAGCCAAGUCGGAUGAAGCAAAAAGUAACGUUAAAACCCAACAGCAAAAUGCCAAAACUGGCCUGCGAACCUGCAAUAAUAUUUUAGCAAUGGCAAAGCCCUUGCACGCGAAGGCACCCUCGUUUAUUGGGGAUAACAGCAUCAACCUAUCUUGGAAGGAAGUAACAAAAUCUCCCGUGUCCACUACCACUUCUGCUGCUGGAGGAAAACGGCCUGCUAUUGCAGCUAAUGGAUCAAACAAUAUACCAUCAAAGAAAGGUCGUGGAUCUGGUGGUUUACAAAACCAGCUUGUUAAUAGGGCACUGGAAGGGCUAUCUUACGGGGGGCGCGGAGGGAUGAGGGGUGGCCGAGGAAGAGGUUGGGGUGGACGGGGAAGAGGUAGAGGUUACCGUUAAAGUUUUGUGUGCAGCUAAAUAGUCGGAAAACAUGGGAGAUUCACGCUGAGAAGAAGGUUCACUGACAUCUGCUGAAUAAGUUUUGAUAUGGAGUUCAUAUGCGGAUGAGUUUGCAGAUACAUGGUGUAAAAUGCUAACGAUUGAAGUCUAUAAAGAUUGUAAAACAAGAUUAGAUUGGUUUCAGGCUUUCGGUCAUUCCUUCACUAUUUAGUGACAGAAACAGCGAGAUGCUACCUACUAUUAUUUGCUCACUGUAAUGUAUUUUAAUCACAACCGACUUUUACUUUAGGAUGAUUAAUGCUUAAAUUCAACAUUUAUUUUCAUCU